CCGCCUGCGCUGCCCCGCUGGGUUCGAGCCGCGCCCGCCGCUGGCUGACCCGGGCGCGGGCUGGAGCACGCCCCCCGCCCCGCCGAGGCACCCCCGCUUUCCAACCCCGCGGGCGAUGCCGCUGGCUCGGGACGCAGGCAAGGUGUCCGGAAUCCGGGUUCUCCCAGAGGACAGAGGCUGUGACUAGUGCUGGCCAGGUUUAUAGUCUCCCUUUCUGAUGAAAAGAGAACAGAAGAAUGGACUAUAGUCACCAAACCUCCCUAGUCCCAUGUGGACAAGAUAAAUACAUCUCCAAGAACGAACUUCUCCUGCACCUGAAGACCUACAAUUUGUACUAUGAAGGCCAGAAUUUGCAACUCCGACACCGUGAGGAGGAAGAUGAGUUCAUUGUGGAGGGGCUGCUGAACAUCUCCUGGGGGCUGCGCCGGCCCAUCCGUCUACAGAUGCAGGAUGACAAUGAGCGCAUUCGCCCCCCACCAUCCUCUUCCUCCUGGCACUCUGGCUGUAACUUGGGGGCUCAUGGCACCAUCCUGAAGCCCCUUACCAUGCCCAACAUUCAGAUCUCAGAAGUGGAUGCCCCGCCCGAGAGUGAACAGACAUCGAGCCCCACAGACUCCAGGGGCCUGAAGCCCCUGCAGGAAGACACCCCACAGCUGAUGCGCACACGCAGCGAUGUUGGGGUGCGUCGCCGUGGCAACGUGAGGACACCCAGUGACCAAAGGCGAAUCAGACGCCACCGCUUCUCCAUCAAUGGCCAUUUCUACAACCACAAGACAUCCGUGUUCACGCCAGCCUAUGGCUCUGUCACCAACGUCCGCAUCAACAGCACCAUGACUACCCCACAGGUCCUGAAGCUGCUCCUCAAUAAAUUUAAGAUCGAGAAUUCCGCAGAGGAGUUUGCUUUGUAUGUGGUGCAUACCAGCGGUGAGAAACAGAAGCUGAAGAACACCGAUUACCCUCUGGUUGCCCGAAUCCUCCAGGGACCAUGUGAGCAGGUCUCCAAAGUGUUUCUUAUGGAGAAGGACCAGGUGGAGGAAGUCACCUAUGACGUGGCCCAGUACAUAAAGUUCGAGAUGCCUGUCCUUAAAAGCUUUAUUCAGAAGCUCCAAGAGGAAGAAGAUCGGGAAGUCAAGAAGCUGAUGCGCAAGUACACCGUGCUCCGGCUGAUGAUCCGGCAGAGGCUGGAGGAGAUGGCCGAGACCCCAGCAACCAUCUGAACCACACAAGGGAGGGGAUCCAGAUGCCACGGGGGCCGCCGCUGACACGAGCAGACGCACAGGAAGCUGGGUACCUUCCUUCCACGGAAACGUGUAGAUACAGACCUCACCAGCUCCCGCCGAGCUACCAUCUGUUGCCCAGAGCGGCUGGCGAAGCCAGCAGACAACUCCCCAUCCUUGGAUCCCCAGCUCCAUUCCUUUCUUUCACUCACAGGACUUUUGAAUUUUGUUAUAAGGACUGAAAAUGUGUGUGUAUGUGUGUGUGUAUGCACAUGAGCACACGUGUGCACAUGUAAGCGUGUGUGCACACAUGGUACAUAUCCACGUGCCUACCUGAGAUUCACAUGGAAUGGAAUUCCAGACAACCAGCACAAGCUCCCCGGGGCUUGCAGGUGUGCUGCUCGGGGGCAGGAGCAUGGGGGAGUCGCCAAUCUGAGGGGCUGAAGUUGGAGAAAUGAUUUCUUCUCUCAAGUACCCGGGAGUGGCCACACAUGUUCAGAAGGGAAGGGGUCUCAGCAAGCUCACCAUUUGGGGUAUUUAUGUAUUGGUAGAGACUCCCCUGUACAUGCAGAGGGCUUGGGGAUUGGAAAUUAAUGAAAUAGCAGUCCCAUAGAAAUAGACCCCCUUGGGGGAGGUCCGGUGGAAAGAGGAAGAUAAAUCGUCUGUGGGGUAGAUGCAAUAAGCCCACAAGUUUUUACACUGGAAACUUUGAUUGUUUUAAAUAACAAAGACGUAUAUGAUGAUCCACGUGGAUUCUGCCUCUGUCCUCACCUCCAUGGCCACCUCCAGGAGAGCGGGGAGGAGCUUGCUGCUUUGCUCAGCCUGCCAACCCCAGGCCAUGGAAGCCAACCCCAACUCUUUGGUGCCUCCUUGAGUUGAAGGAAGGGUCUCACCGGUUUAUUCCUGGUCAACUGGUGGCCCAGGCCUGGCCUUGUCCUGGGGUGGUGGCCAGAGUUUCCAUCUUUAGGGACCCGUAGAGGUUCCUUGCAGAAAUGACAAAUCUUGGGAAGCCAGCCCAUUUUUCAUCAUCAAGGGUCUCCCUGCACUUGGAUCUGAGGCCAUGUGUUUGAAGUCAAGGCUUUAUUCUUUCCAGCCAUGAGAUUCUUGCAAGUUGCCCUUGCCCUGUGCCUGGAGACAGACUCCAAGCAUGAGGACCUUGCUACUGACCGAGCUUGGGGCUCAGGGAACCUCUUCGGGUUGCCCUGUAAUGGUGCAUAGGGAGGGUGGAGCUUCUCUUUCCGCUUCUCUGGGCAGCCACCUGGGUGAUCUUUAGAACAGACCCCAAUGGGGGGAAGGGGGGGCAGUCUGGCCCCUGUGGCUCCCAUCAGGAAGACUGCUGGGUAGCUAGGCACCGGUGUGGCUGACAGACUUCGAAGAGGGCCUGGCUGUGGAGAUAAACCAAGCAAAGCUGGGAGCUCCUAACAGCAGGUGUCUCAGCCUUGUUGGGGUGGGGUCUCCCCAUCUCUUCACUUCCUCUCCAAGAAAGGUUUGGGGAGCUGGGCAGUUGGCGGAAGGAGUGCAAGGAAGGUGGAUGUUUGCCGCAGAGCCGUUCCUGUCGUCCCGACUUCUGCUCUCCUCUGUGGCUUCCCUGGCCUCUUUAGAUGGCUCACAGCUGUGAUCUUAUUGUUGACUUUCCAAAAGAUGGCAUGCUGCCACCUGGCAUUUUGCCGGGGGUCUCUUAGCAAGGCAGCCUCUUUGGGGACAGCACCACCAGCCCUGUGGGGCGUGGCCUGGAAAUCCGGAGGCCCUGGUCUCAAUCUUACACCUUGGUAGGGCUCUGCAACACGCAGAGAAAACCCCGGGGGGCUGGGGUGGG